UUUUUUUUUUUAAUUUAUUUGAUUUUCAGAUUUUCUUUUUUAUCAUUUUUGCCAUUUACAGUAUUCUUCUUGUAAUAUUUUCAUUGCAAUUCACUUUUCUGACUAUAUUCGACCAGAAUUCCUGUUUUGAUUAUAUCAAAAUGUCAUCACUUGAAGAUCCAACCGUUUUAGAAUAUUAUAUGUUUGAACAUGAUAAACAUAUGUUUUCAUCACAAAGUGGUAAACAACGAACAAAAAAAGAAGCUGAACAACAUACAAAUCGUUUUGAUCCGAAUGGCCAUUCACGAAAAAUCAGUGAAAAACUUCGUAAUUCUGAACAGAAAAAGAAAUUGGAAAAUUUAAAACCAAAACCACGUACACGUAAAGAUUCGAUCGAAUCAGAUGAAACGGACGAAUAAAUAAUGAUCUAUAUAUAAACAAGGAUUGAUAUAAUCGUGGAAUCGGAUAUUGAUCCAUUUUGAUCAGGGAUCGAUCUGGUAUCCGUAUGAUUGAUAUCUAUUUUUCUUUUUUGGUCUAAUUUGGUAUGGUAUGGCUGCUCUCUUAAUCUAAUCGGUCUUUAUAUCUGGCAAGUUUGUCUCUUUUUUUGUGGUACUAAUUUUUUUCCAAACAUUCAAUUGCAUCACGUUUGUCUGGUUUAUGCAUGGCAUGUUUUGUAUCCACACUCUCAUCAUCACUUAUUAUUGGUAUAUUUGACAUGAGAAAAAAACAAAAAAAAAUUUUCAUCUUUGAAAUUUGGACUGAAAUUUGUCGAAUGAAAAACAACAAAACAACAACAACAUUUGAAAAAAAAACAAUUCUGAUUUCUUAUUAUAAAAAACAGACAAACCGAGCAAUCGAUCUGAUAUGAUUGAUAUUAUAUUGUAUUUGUUGUUGAUUGAUUAAUCAUUAUAUAUUCAACAAAAGAAUUGUAAUGGCUUGAAUUUGAUUGUAUAUGAUCAGAAUGAAAAAAAAAAAAAAAAAUGAUUAAAAAAAUU